UGGCGAAAUGAGUGGAUCGUACGACGGAUUUGUGCGCACCACCCCGUUAACUACCGAUAAGUGAGCCGUCAAUUGAGCGCGUCAUUCGGUUCGGUCACUUAAGGAGCUUUUGUAGGCGCGAGUCCGGAGGGCGUUGUACUGCCGCCGACGGUGGAAGAUGUCGUGAGCGAUAAACAGUCGCGACCUGGCUCCCGACGGGCACGACGGUCAGGAUGCGAUAGACGAUGUUGACGUGAGUCACGGCGAUGCCUCAGUAGCGCGGAGAGGGACGAUGCUGCCGUCUGCGUUAGAUAAGCCGCGCUAAUCGCCGCUCGCGGGGACGCCAAGCACCAGAAGCGAUGGACGAUGAACAGCCAGCGAGGGAGGCCAACAAGAUCUGCGGAGUCUGCGGCGACCGGGCGCUCGGCUACAACUUCAACGCCGUCUCCUGCGAGAGCUGCAAGGCCUUCUUCAGGAGGAACGCGCUCAAGAACAAGGACUUUAGAUGUCCCUUUACGGAAAACUGUAACAUCACACCUGUGACUAGACGCUUCUGCCAAAAGUGUCGCCUGGACAAGUGCUUUAGUAUUGGUAUGCGCAAGGAAUAUAUCAUGUCCGAGGAGGAUAAGGUCCUGAAGCGCAAGAAAAUUGAGAAGAAUCGCGCGAAGAAACGAUCUCAAUCCGACAAUGGCAAAGCGUCGAAGAUCAAGAAGAACUCCAUGGACGAUUGCACGCUCGAGGACACGUCAAUGUCGGUCAACUCGGUGGCGUCAACGAUGUCAGAGACGUAUUUCUGGGAGUCUGACAGAAAAUACGCGGACCUGGAUGGCAACAGGCAAAACGUGGUCGAAAGUAUGAGUCCGGUGACAGCAGCCAGUGUGCCGAGUCCUUCGAGUCCACCUGAGAGCACGAAUAUCGCGGAAACGAAGACUCUAGACAUGUUGAAGGAGUCCUCUCAUGGCUUGAGACCUAAUCUUGCGAGCCGCGCGAGGUUCGGCAGCUAUUUCAACGCGACGCAGUCUCAGACCGCGGAGAAGGACAGAAGCUUCUCUACAAAUUCGGGGAAGUACGGCGAGCAGAGUGCGUUGCAAUUUAGUCCCGAGUUUGUGAACGUAAACGGCGAGCCGUCGAGGUACAGCUCCCCGUUCGAGGAGAACGCGUCCGACUACUCGAAAUUCGAGCAAAGUCGCGAGCAAGACUCCCUCGCGGGAUACGCGAACCGUGCGUCGAACGUCGCUGCAAGCCAGCCCGGUGUGAACGCACCGUCGUUACACGCGCAGCUCGUAAAGGAGGAGGCGACGAUGUGCCAGAAACCAAAGGAAACCUGUUCCAGCGGAAACAGCCUGCUUGCCAAGUUCAAGCAGGAUCCCAGAUUGCUCACCAAGUUCAUCAGUAGUCCGAAUUUAGUCGCGAAAAUCUUUCAAGAUCAGAGGAUGUUAAUGAAAAUUAUGGCGGAUCCCGAUAUGGUCACGUGCCUGGCGGCGGAUCCGCACAUGACGCGGUUCUUGCAGGAGAACGACGCGACCGACACGGCCGACGAGUUCGAUCGCGGCGACAAGACGGAAAGCCGGUCGAGGGAGGUGCCGAUGAACGAUAGUGAUUUAGAUAGCGCCGCUAGGCACGCGGCAAAGUCGAAAGGAAGUCACGUGGAGAAUCCGAUCCUCACGGAUUUGAUUACCAAUCGUAACGCCGAGGAGUGCAAGAAUCAAAAUUUAGAACCUAGUGCCAGCACAGACUGGAAUAAAAAUACGGCCGACGUUACCAGAGACGUUCUUCAGGAUGUUCAAAGGAUACCGAUUGCCGCUAAUUCUAUAGAGUCGAUCUUGUGCGAGGCGAUCAAGCUGGAAUACUCAGCGUUUUCGAGCUUCGGCGGUAACCAAAGUAGUAGAGAAUUAAAUGACGCCGAGAGAGCCAAGUUAAACGAACUGAUAGUUGCUAAUAAAGCGUUAUUAGCUCCAUUAGACGAUGACAUAACGAAUUUAGUCGACGAGGAAUGUAAAUUCAAGAAUAAUUUCGGGCAAUCCGAUCCGAUGCUGUUGGACGUGAUAAAUCUAACGGCCAUAGCGAUUAGGCGCUUAAUAAAAAUGUCGAAGAAGAUAAACGCUUUCAAGAAUAUGUGCCAGGAGGAUCAGCUGGCGCUGCUGAAGGGCGGUUGCACGGAAAUGAUGAUUCUGAGAUCGGCCAUCAAUUACGAUCCGGAUAAAGACAUGUGGAAGAUACCCCACAGCCAAGAGAGCAUGUCGAGUAUCAAAGUGGACGUUCUGAAAGAAGCGAAGGGAAAUCUGUAUGCGGAGCAUGCGAGAUUCGUUAGGACAUUUGAUCCACGGUGGCGGGACGAAAAUAUCAUUUUGAUUUUAAGCGCAAUUGCCUUGUUUACGCCGGACAGACCGAGAGUCGUGCAUGGCGACGUCAUUAAAUUGGAGCAAAAUUCAUACUACUAUCUCCUCAGACGGUAUCUGGAGAGCGUUUAUCCCGGUUGCGAGGCCAAGUCCACGUUUCUCAAGUUAAUUCAAAAGAUUUCCGAGCUCCACAAACUGAACGACGAGGUCGUAGGGGUUUACUUGAACGUCAAUCCAUCCAGCGUGGAGCCGCUGCUCAUAGAGAUAUUCGAUUUAAAGCACUGAUAAUUAGCUUCUACUAUAAAGUCACGAGUUUCCAUUCUGUAUGUGUAACGUAAACGCAAGAGCUAUAAUAUAUUCCCCAAGUCAAAGACAUCACUAGCCGUACGUAUCGCCGAUUUAAAUAUUUAUGAAAAUUAUGACUGUUGUAAAAUAAGACCUCGACUGCAUUGCCUCUUUGUAUAAACUGAACUAUAUAUAUAGCAAUAAGAUUUUAAACUUAAAAAUUUUCGACCGCGAUGGAAUGAAGACUACGUACAUAGGGCAUAAAAUAGUUUAGCGUAAAACUAUUGAAAAUGUAGAAAUCAACAGCCAAUUACGUACUUUGCAUUUCACGUAAUGCAAAAAUCGAUACCGGUAUCUGUCACGAUCCUAGUAGCAAAGUGGAAUGUAUUCACGUGAGCGCACGCUGGUUCGCCGAAGCGAGUACACUGGUCAAAGAGGACGCUAAUACGGUACGAGUACCAUAACAAUUAACAAUAGAGCAAUAUAUUUCGCUUCGUAAUAAGCGCACGUUAUAUCGUUAAAUGUCUUGCGAAAUAUUUUUUGAACUCUGUAUCACUCUCGUCGCGAGAAUAAACAUGCGCGUACAACGAUAACAUAAUAAUUCCUAGGUGGCUGUUCAAUUUCACUUUCACACUUUAUUGAGAGAGAGACAAAGAGAUAUAUGUAUAUAUAUUUUUUUUAACACGUGGAUUGUGUCAAAUUUUACAUUUUAAGCAAGUACGUAUAAUUUGUACGACAAGGCCUCCUGCAUUCACACACAAAUUUAGAAUUUACACACACACACACACACACAUAUAUAUAUAUAUAUAUAUGCAGAUUAUAAAUGUCGCGUUGAAAGUGCUUUGAAGAAUAUCUCGGAAAAAAAGAACGAGAUUUCAAUGCAAACUUUACCAUAUGAAUUGUAAUAGUUUAAUUUAUGGCCAGAGUAUAUGUAUGUAAAUGAGAGAGUAAGAAGGUAUACACUCGUAUGCGUGUACGUGUUGGUUGUUGCAAUGUACACGAGAUAAAUUGUGAUAUUCCGAUAUAAAUAUAUUUUUUGAAAAAUA